AUGGAUCGCCGUUUCGGCACACGGUUCGACAUCAUCGACCGCCGCUUCGACGACCUGGAGCAAAAGAUCGACGGUACCGCGAGUUCUUCAUCGACCCGCCUCGACGCGCUGGAGAACGCAGCGAAGGUGUUCGACGAAUGGCGCCCUGGAGUCGACGGACUCAUCGAUGAUCUGCGGGUCGAGGUGAACCACCUGGCGUCCCUCAAGCUGGAGGUCGGGAAGAUCUCCAAGUUCAUGGAGAGAUCCAUGGUGGAUGGCCCGAGCACUACUCCUGGUGUUCAUGGAUCCAUGCCGUCCGUGCUCAUCGCCAAGUCCUCGUCCGCCCCUGCCUCGCCGAGCGCGGCCGUCUUCGCCAACAACCCCAUGCGUUCGCCUGCGCUCAAGUCUUCACCAUCGUCCCCGACGUUCCGCACGGCUCCUCCAUCGCCGAACUACAAGCCGGAGCUGCCGACUCUGCCGAACACUCGUGUUCCGCAUGGUGGCUUCGAGGCUGCCCCAUGCCCAUUUGCGGGAUAUGCAGCCAACCCACCCAACAGGCACCGCGUCGACCAGGGUGGCUUCGGAGUGGUCACCAUUCUGUUGCCACCACAUGCCAAGGGUAUGUCGUCUAGCCACUCCCCAUCCCCUUUGCCUUUACCGCCAGCCCAUCCACCACACCCUCCACUGAGUCACCAUUUUGAGUCCGGGUACCAGGGAGGAUCUAGGGGGGAUCACACAGGCAAACUACCUAAGUUUGAUUUUCCUAGGUUCGAAGGGGAACAUCCGAAGCUGUGGGUUAAGCAAGCCAUACACUAUUUCCGCCUCUACCGUGUUGAGUCUGUUGUCUGGGUGUCGGCUGCCACUAUGCAUUUUCAUGGCCCUGCCAAGCAUUGGCUCUCUUCAAUUGAAGAUGACCUUGAGUCCAUAGAGUGGGAUGUGUUUUGUGCUCAGUUGCUCUCUCGUUUUGGACACAAUGAGCAUGAAUUGCUUUUGCGUCGUCUGUUCCGCAUUCGUCAGAAUGGUUCAGUCGCCGAUUAUAUUGAGCAGUUCGUCAGUUUGGUAGAUGAACUUAAGGCCUAUGCUAAACACCCAGACCCACUAUACUAUGUUCAACGAUUCAUUGACGGAUUACGUGAUGACAUUAAAGCUGUUUUGCUUGUCCACAAGCCGUCUACUCUUGAUGCUGCCUGUGUUUUGGCUGAAUUGCAAGAAGAGGCGCUGGGUGUCACCAAGAGGGUAUUCAGGCGUUCUGAUGUGGUGCCUAACCAGAAGACGGCAUGGCAUGGUGGAGUACCACUACCUAUUCCACCACCCCGUACUGAUGCUGUGGAUGGAAAAUGCUCUGGGCCCGUUUCCUCUUCCACUAUUGAUGAGAAGUUUCAGUCCCUGCGUGCUGCACGCCGUGCCCAGGGCUUAUGUUUUUGCUGUGGGGCCAAAUGGAGUCGCGACCAUCGCUGCUCUGAGGCAGUUCAGCUCCAUCUCGUCCAAGAGCUCCUGGACAUUUUUCCUGAAGAAGACAUUCCUGCUAAUGAUUCAGGUCCUACUUCUCCUGUUGCUGCUCAAAUUAUGAUGCAUCUAUCAUUCUUCGCUAUAUCAUGGUGCUCAUUCCCCCAAGACCUUCUAUUUAUCUGUAUGGCUUUGGCUGGUUCCCUCUCUGGUGUCCAGCAGUUAUCUCCUGCAAUAACAGUUCAGGCCUUGAUUGGAUGUCCCAUUUCAGUCCUAUGCAAGUGGAUUGGAGUCAACAGUGGAUCUGCAUUCCAUAUCAGGUCUUCUCUUGCUCCCCGUGCUCAUCAGAAGUCGGCCUUUCGUUUCUUCGGUCCCUUCCGCAUCUUAGCUCGUGUUGGGUCUAUGGCUUAUAAGUUGGAGUUACCUGCUCAUUCAUUGCUUCAUCUGGUUUUCCAUGUUUCUCAACUCAAGAAGGCCGUGGGUGCAUCUCAUCAGGUGGUACCUACUCUCCCAACUGAUUUUGCAUUACAUCUUUCUCCAGAGAAGAUAUUGCAGACUUGCUCGGUGGUUCGCGAUGAUGUUCGUGUGUCUCAAGUGCUGGUUAAAUGGAACAACUUGCCAUUGGAACUCGCCACUUGGGAGGAUUAUGAGGCCCUUCGCCAGGAGUUUCCAAGAUCCACUGCUUGGGGGCAAGCAGCGAACCAAAGGAAGGGGGGACGUCAGUACUCAGCUACCGAGUGCUACCUCAGAAGAGCCUACGAGCAAGACGGGCCAGGAUAUCUCGAAGCUACGGGCCGACAAGCCAAGGCCCAGGAAGCUGGCAGGACCAGCCGACCAGGACUGAACCGAAUGGUCGAUGGAGAUUCCCCCAAAAGAAGAAGUGAUGGAGAUGGUACCAUGCAUGUUAUUCCAUCUUGGAUCUUUACUGCAGGCCAUAAUUAA